AUGGCCGCCUCAUCAUCUACUUCCGAGGUCGUGCAUGCCUUGAUCAAAGUGGCUGACCUGGAAGGUUUGCAAUCGUUUACUCCAGACCACUAUGACUGGUCCCAGUGCCUGGGUCCCCGCCAGAGGCCGCCUUUGGUUCUGGUACUGAAACCGUUGUGCCGACGCGAUACAGCCGAGAAUGCGUUGAAGAUGAUUGAGUGGAUGGUCCAGUCGGGAGCAAGCCCGCUCCAAAAGAUGGGUCCUGAAGCAAAGGCUUUAGAAUUGAAAAAAGGGGAACAUCAGUUUGACAAUAUCAGCGUUGCCUGCGCAGGACAAUCUGCACUUACCUUUGCUUGCGCAGCGCUGGAAGCCAUGACAGAGGUACCUUUUUAUGUCGACUGGUCUUUGUGCAUCCAGCAUUUAAGACAGGCUGUGGCAAUCAUGACCAAGGGCACCGCUAUGUCUAGGAAGACCAAUCUUUUGGUCCCGCAAGGUGUGGUCGAUACUUGGGAGUCGGUACAAAACAUGACCUCUACACACAAUGUGGUUUUCGAAACAGCUGAUGAUGAAGUGUCGGCUCACGACCUCAUUCUGGUUGCGGCCUCUCCUGUUCUGAAGGCCAUGCUUCAGUCAACCAUGAAGGAAGGUUCGAGCAAAAGGAUUCCUGUCAAGGAUUCCUCGGGUUCUGGCGUGCGGCUGCUAGUGGACAUGCUGUACACGAGCUCCACACGGGAUGACCCAGACUACAAGACAGUGCUCGUUGCUUUGGACUUGGCCCACCGCUGGCAAGUGGAUAGCAUAGUGCCGGUCCUGGAAGGAAUUUUGACGGGGAUGGUCACUGUCAAGAGCUUUGUGGCCAUCACGGAAGCUGCAAUUCUCAAGGGCUUAGAGCUUCUGCAGCGGGCAUGCAGGACCUUUGGGACCAGCAACAGCAAGGUCAAGACUAUGGUAAAGAAGCGCACUCUUCCGGCAGCGGUGCUGAAGCUGUUGGGAGAGUCUGCGGCCGAGGCCCCAUCACCAGAUCACGGAGAGCGCAAGAAGCGGAGGACCUUCGCUGCAUGCUGA